CUGGAAGAAUGUCUUUUCCACCGCAUUUGAAUCGCCCUCCUAUGGGAAUCCCAACGCUUCCCCCCGGGAUCCCACCUCCACAGUUUCCUGGCUUUCCUCCACCUGUACCUCCUGGGACCCCUAUGAUUCCUGUACCAAUGGGCAUUAUGGCUCCUGCUCCAACUGUAUUAGUUCCUACCACAGUGUCUAUGGUUGGAAAACAUUUGGGAGCCAGAAAAGAACACCCUGGCUUAAAGAACAAAGAAAACGAUGAAAACAGCGGUCCCACUACCACCGUUUUUGUAGGCAACAUUUCUGAGAAGGCCUCGGACAUGCUCAUACGGCAGCUUCUAGCAAAAUGUGGCUUGGUUUUGAGUUGGAAGAGAGUACAAGGGGCAUCUGGAAAACUUCAAGCCUUUGGAUUUUGUGAGUACAAAGAACCAGAAUCCACGCUACGAGCCCUGAGACUACUCCAUGACCUCCAGAUUGGAGAGAAGAAGCUGCUAGUCAAAGUUGAUGCAAAGACAAAGGCUCAGCUAGAUGAAUGGAAAGCAAAGAAAAAGGCUUCUAAUGGGAACUCCAGACCAGAGACGACAACUGAUGACGAUGAAGCAUUGGAUGAGGAAACGAAGAGAAGAGAUCAGAUAAUUAAAGGGGCCAUUGAAGUCUUAAUACGAGAAUAUUCCAGCGAGCUCAAUGCCCCUUCCCAGGAAUCUGACUCUCACCCCAGGAAGAAGAAAAAGGAAAAGAAGGAGGACAUUUUCCGCAGAUUUCCAGUGGCCCCACUGAUACCUUAUCCACUCAUCACCAAGGAGGAUAUAAAUGCUAUAGAAAUGGAGGAAGACAAAAGAGACCUGAUAUCAAGAGAGAUCAGUAAAUUCAGAGACACACACAAGAAACUGGAGGAGGAAAAAGGCAAAAAGGAGAAAGAAAGACAGGAAAUUGAAAAAGAACGCAGAGAAAGAGAAAGGGAACGGGAACGUGAACGAGAAAGGAGGGAGCGUGAAAGAGAAAGGGAGCGUGAACGAGAGAAGGAGAAGGAACGGGAGCGUGAACGAGAACGAGAUAGGGAUCGUGACCGAACUAAGGACCGAGACAGAGACCGCGAACGAGACCGAGAUCGUGACAGAGAUCGUGAAAGGAGUUCAGAUCGCAACAAGGAUCGGAGCAGAUCAAGAGAAAAAAGCAGAGACCGGGAAAGAGAACGGGAACGGGAAAGAGAACGAGAACGAGAGAGGGAANNGGAAAGAGAACGAGAGAGGGAACGGGAAAGAGAACGCGAGCGGGAACGAGAACGGGAGAAGGAUAAGAAGAGAGACCGAGAAGAAGAUGAAGAAGAUGCCUAUGAACGCCGAAAACUAGAGAGGAAACUGCGAGAAAAAGAAGCGGCGUAUCAAGAACGUCUUAAAAACUGGGAAAUCAGAGAACGGAAGAAAAGUCGAGAAUAUGAAAAAGAGGCUGAAAGGGAAGAAGAACGAAGAAGGGAAAUGGCGAAAGAAGCCAAACGGUUAAAAGAAUUCUUAGAAGACUAUGAUGAUGACAGAGAUGAUCCAAAAUACUACAGGGGUAGUGCUCUUCAGAAGAGGCUACGAGACAGGGAGAAGGAGAUGGAAGCAGAUGAACGGGAUAGGAAGAGGGAAAAGGAAGAAUUAGAAGAAAUUAGGCAGCGCCUUCUUGCAGAAGGACACCCAGAUCCAGAUGCAGAACUCCAGAGGAUGGAGCAGGAGGCUGAGCGGCGUAGGCAGCCACAAAUAAAACAAGAGCCAGAGUCUGAGGAGGAAGAGGAAGAAAAGGCAGAAAAAGAAGAAAAAAGAGAAGAGCCAGAGGAAGAGGAAGAAGAGCCUGAACAAAAGCCCUGCCUUAAACCAACUUUACGACCUAUCAGUUCUGCCCCAUCUGUUUCUUCUGCUAGUGGAAAUGCAACCCCUAACACACCCGGUGAUGAAUCUCCCUGUGGCAUUAUUAUCCCUCAUGAAAAUUCACCUGAUCAACAGCAGCCGGAGGAGCAUCGGCCCAAAAUAGGACUUAGCCUCAAAUUGGGUGCCUGCAAUAGUCCUAAUCAACCCAAUGCUGUAAAAAGGAAGAAGCUCGCUGUGGAUAGCGUUUUCAAUAAAUUUGAUGACGAAGACAGUGAUGAUGUGCCCCGGAAAAGGAAACUCGUCCCUCUGGAUUAUGGAGAAGAAGAUAAAAGCAGUAUCAAAGGCAGUGUCAAUACAGAAGAAAAACGCAAACAUAUUAAGAGUCUCAUUGAGAAGAUUCCCACAGCGAAACCAGAGCUCUUUGCUUAUCCUCUUGACUGGUCCAUUGUGGAUUCUACACUAAUGGAACGUCGAAUUAGACCGUGGAUCAACAAGAAAAUAAUAGAAUAUAUUGGUGAAGAAGAAGCCACGCUAGUUGACUUUGUUUGUUCUAAGGUUAUGGCUCACAGCUCACCACAGAGCAUACUGGAUGACGUUGCCAUGGUACUAGAUGAAGAAGCUGAAGUUUUCAUAGUCAAAAUGUGGAGGUUGUUGAUAUACGAGACAGAAGCGAAGAAGAUUGGUCUAGUGAAAUAAAGCACUCUCCUUGCUUCUAGGGUUCCAUUUCAAUUUUGGGCUUUUUUUUUCUUCAUCAUUCAAAGACUUUGAAUUUUCUCUGUUCUCAGAGACUUGAGACCUGUAUUUUUUUAUGUAGAAAAAUGUGAAUUUUUUUGUCCUCUGCUCUGAGGCCCCCUUUACCCUUAUCAGUUAGUUAUCUGAAUCCUGCAUUGGUUCUCUUUAUAAUUCACAAGGUACAAUUACCGGUAUGUUUUAUAAACUGCAGCUACUGUACAUGCUCUCUGGUAAUUUUGUUAUGUUACUCUGAUUCUUGUAAAUAUUAAGGAAAAAAAAAGCCCCUGUUCUGCAAAACAUUUGCACUUAAUGUGGAACUACAUCAGUUACAGAUGAAGACAAAUGAUUUUACUGCAAAUUUAUGAGCGCACUUUUUUUUUUUUGCAUACUCUCCCUCUUUUUAUUUAAGGAAUGAUCAGAGUACAAUUUAAAAAUAAGUGGCUUGAGCUGCUUUUACAGAACGGCCUUGUGUGUUCAUUUGGUCCCUUCAUCUGACUGGAAAAGGAGUUCCCUCGGACUUUUAAUUCUGAUGUGAACCAGCAGUAGUCUUG